AUGGCGAGUUUGCUGGGAGAAACUCUCUUUGUAAUAAGUGGACAGGGUCCUGCACCCAUGAAGGACUAUUUCCAGUUUGAAAUAAGGCAGUCUGAGGUAAUUUGGAGGUGGUGGAAGAUUUCUUUGAGAUCAGAGUGCAGGAACCAAAAGCCAGGACAACUGAGAGAAUCACAUGAAGACUACAUAGAAGACCAACACCUGCAAAGUCAAGUGGCCAUGGUAUUUGGCCUUCACAUCUUGCAGUACUCCAAAAACUUAUGCCAGGGCCACUAUGAUUACAUCGUGCGCCUGCCCAACUCUUUACUUUUAAAGAUCUUGGCACAUCUGGACCUUGAAGACAUUUCAGGCCUUUCACGCACCUGCUGUAGGUUUCGAGAGCUUUGUAAGUCUGAGGAGUUCUGGGAGCAGACAGUGAGAAAGAACAGUGAAACAGUCACUCCCACACUGGAGGAUUUAGCUAACGAGGUUGGCUGGAGGACAAUUUUCUUCACCAACAAGCUGCAGCUGCAGAUGCAGAUUAGCCGUCGGAAGCAGAGGGAGAAUCAGCCCUGUGAGGAUACAAACGAGCCAAGAUCUUUUUGAGUACAUUUGAAGUAAGGGUCGAGUUGGAAGACCCUUUUCAAGGCUCUUUUACAACUGCUUGGCCAGAGCCUUCAUUUAAAGUUGCCCAUUUUUGCUUGUUUGCUUAUUACAUCCACUUGAGAUGGUUCACUAUAAAUUGUAGAAUGUACAUUUAUUC